CAGCUGAUACCAAACGAUCCAAGAACGUUAAACGAAACCAACAUGCGUAUUCUGCUCGUCCUCUCAAUUGUCCUGGCCGUGAUCCUCGGCUGCCACGCCUACAGUGCCACCUGGGGGCGCAGGAACAGCAACGAUUACCUGCUGUCCCGCACCCUGGAGGCCCGCAAUCCCAUCAAGAACAACUACUGGAACGUGAACGUCAACUAUCCCAAUGGAUACUACAACAUCUCGGCGGUGAUCGUCUAUGACAACUUCAAGAACAACUCGGGCGCUAAUCCCAGCCUCUAUUCCGGCGGUCCGGGCUACCGCUUCUGUACCGUCAACCUGCGAGGCCAGGUCAACCGCGGCAUCAACUCCACCGUCGAGAUCUGGGGACGUUAAGUGAUCGCACGAAUCCAUUAUGAACUAAUAAAACACGCACGAAAUUCUACUGAAAUAGUAA